UCCACCUGGAUCGUAUGGCGAAAACUGUUCUUUAGAGUGUCCUAAUGGGACUUAUGGUUCACUUUGCAAAGAAGAAUGUACCUGUGAGACAGGAUGUGAUAAAGUCAUUGGAUGCAUUAAGCCAGAAUCUACUAGAUACCGAUAUGAAAUUUUGAUCUAUACAUUAGCUACGAUUAUUCCCUUGAUAAUCAUCUGUCUGUGUAUAUUCUUCCUGGGGAAAUGCUUUCAACAAAAGCGAAAACAAAAGAAAUCGUCUGCAAAGAAUUUUGUCGAUAUUCCUCCUUACGACGUAAAUCUACAUAGAAUGCCUUCUUCGACCAAAAUACUUCAUGAUGCAAUCUCUGAUAAAACACCAGUUGAUGUAUAUGCAACCAUAAAAACGGAAGAAGAAACUGGAUUACGUCAUAACGAGGACGAGCUUGAUGACGGAGUGUACCAUACACUUACUCUCCGUGUAACAAGAUACGAGGAACCAGUCACGAAGAAGCGCCUCGUUAGAAGAUAUUCCGACUCCUCUUCAACGUAUAUGAAAAGUUCUGCAUGCAAUUUAAUACGAUCUAAGGACAAUUAUGACCUGUUUUAUGAAUGCAAGAGAUCAUCCUCAUUAAGAAUCAAGAACAUUGAAAGAAAAGACAACUGUCGCGAAAAUAUACCUGCUCAAACAAUGGAAGAUGAAGAAAGAGAUAAUUUUGUAACGUCAUCGACAGGGAAGGAGAGUGUUCCUUUACCGUUUGAAAAGAAUUAUAUUUAUGAUGUGGCUAAUUGUGUAGAGCAUGAUAAGGCAGCUGUUAAUCUUAACCACAAGGAAUUAUUUCUCAAAGAAUUAUCCUCUCAUCUUUUACAUUUUAAGAAAAUAUGUCCGAGAGUGUAUAUAUCUGAAGAUCUUGUUCUUAGAAUUAUUUGCAAUUUCAACU